GAACAGGUAAGCCGUCGUUUGACCGAAUUGGCUGCAGUCCGAUUUCCAACAGUCUUAGGGGCAAACGACUCCCUGUUGGGAUGCAAAACGACGCUUCGUUAUCGCAUACGUCAUAAAACGCCAUCUUACGACCAAAUAUUAGUAAAGAAAACCCAAACCAGCGCUUUCAACUAUCCACAUCAAUUACACCACCAGGAUGCACCAUCUUUUAAUUCAUCAUAUCAAGCUGCAGACAAAGUUGACAAUAAAACCGAACGUGCGAAUACAACUGGAGUUCAACAAGACUCACUUUCGAACAUCAUCUGGGGUGGUUUGGAUUUCCUUACUUCGUGGUUCCCCCACUGGCGCUUGGGAGUCCAAAAUGACUCGGCAACAAAGCGAUCGCCAGUGAUGUGCGCGUUCUGCGGCAAAGUAUCCACUGCGCAGACUUUCUAUCAUCUUUUGAAUGGCUCUAUGACCGACUUCCAAACGGUGCUCGAAUCAACAACUUUGAGUGAAUUGCUGAAACUCUUUGCUGUUAAACUGUCGUACAUUUUCCAGGAACAAAAAUUCAGGAGCCCCACACAUGCUCAACCACUACCUACCAAAGUAAGCCUAAUUUUCAAUUACGAAACCCCUGCUGAGGCUGCAGGA